GGGGUUGGGGGCCGAGGAGAGCAGUCUGAAUGGCUGCCUGGUCCAGGCUUUGUGGAAGGAAGGAUCGGUUCUUCACCCCUGGUUUCGGUUUCUGUUCUGAGUGUGGGAGCUGUUCUUGGACAGUGCUGUGUGCUCUUCUCCGGAGUCUGAGGCCAGGGGAGUGACUGCAGUGUUCAGCCAAGUACGAGCAAGUGGAACUGAUGGUUGUUCAGGCUUCCGUCUUGCACACGUCGAGGAAACGUUGUAAACAAGAAACAAAAAGCAAAGCCCUUACUCCUAGUGGGUCUUCCCUGAGCCAAGUGCUUGAAAAGCUGUGCGAGUGGGAACUGUUGUCAUGAUCGAAAAUGAAACUCUUCUGGGAAUGCCAGCUUUGGGGCGCUGGGAACCCUGAAGUGUCCUGCAGAGAACUGGUGGUGCAGGGGCCUCUGGAGGACAAACAUCUACGAUUUGCAAAUCUAUCAGUGACCCAGUGAUGGCACUUCUGGUGGUUUUUCUUCCACCUUAACUUUGAGGUGAGCCAGAGUGACUUGGAAACCAAUUCUGUGCUUUAAAAUAUAAAACAUAAAUAACUUCUAUUGAAUUAGCACAGAAGUUUGGCUGGAGGUAAAUCUUUGGUGCCUAAAUCUGAGCGCUUUUCUCUCAAAUACGCACGAGAGCUCUUUGGCCGUCUUAUUUCUCCUCUUCUAUACAACCAAACAAUUUAAAUGAAUUAUGGACCAUCACUCCUCAUCUCCCCCAGGAAAUGAAGCUUAGAGCCUCCUUGUUCAGCUAAUUGUUGCUUGAUUAAGCUGCCCCUUAUGGAUGGAUAGAUAAAGUGAUUGAUGCAUGUGCUUAUUAAUACCAUCCCGGUGCACGGAGGACGAAUAAACCGCCAGCAGCUUCAUUUAAGCACCACAAAGGGGGUUUCCUAGAGUUUGUUGUAUUUGCAGAAAGGCUGUCGUCGUCUUUCCCUCUGUACUGGAAAUUACUUACCUACUUGGUAUUGUCUUUCUGGCCAAGUCGUUUUCUUUUGAGCUAAUUUCAGACUUCCACCACAGUUUAACAAUAGUACAAAGAAUUAUUUUUCUGCAUCUUUGGAGAGUAACUUGCCAAUACUGAUAUCCCAUCACUCCUGAGUACUUGAAUGUGUCUUUGCUGUAAUGAAGAUAGUCUCCAUUGAGACCCUGGCACGGCCAUCAGAAUCAGGAAACUAGCACCGCUGUGUGAGUCGCCUCCCACCCGCAGACCCCGUUCCUGUUGGAAUGUCUCAGUCAUGUCCCUUGCAGCAGGAGAAUCUGAUGCAGGGCUAGGUGUUGAAUUUCGGUGCCCUGCCUCCUUCAUUAUUCCUUGACUUCCAUGAACUUGACACUUUUGACAAUGACAAGGCAAUUUUCUUAGAGAAUGUGUAUCCGUUUGGGCUUGUUGACGUUUCUGGUUAUGCAUUUCUUACAAGAAUAUCACGGCGGUGAGACUUUCUUCUUCUUGCAUCCUUACAGGGCACCAUGCCGGUGGAAAGGAUGCGCAUGCGCCCGUGGCUGGAGGAGCAGAUAAACUCCAACACAAUCCCGGGGCUCAAGUGGCUUAACAAGGAAAAGAAGAUUUUUCAGAUCCCCUGGAUGCAUGCGGCUAGACAUGGGUGGGAUGUGGAAAAAGAUGCACCACUCUUUAGAAACUGGGCAAUCCAUACAGGAAAGCAUCAACCAGGAGUAGAUAAACCUGAUCCCAAAACAUGGAAGGCGAAUUUCAGAUGCGCCAUGAAUUCCUUGCCUGAUAUUGAAGAAGUCAAGGAUAAAAGCAUAAAGAAAGGAAACAAUGCCUUCAGGGUCUACCGAAUGCUGCCCCUAUCAGAACGGCCUUCUAAGAAAGGAAAGAAACCAAAGACAGAAAAAGAAGACAAAGUUAAGCACAUCAAGCAAGAACCAGUUGAGUCAUCUCUGGGGCUUAGUAAUGGAGUAAGUGAUCUUUCUCCUGAGUAUGCGGUCCUGACUUCAACUAUAAAAAAUGAAGUGGAUAGUACGGUGAACAUCAUAGUUGUAGGACAGUCCCAUCUGGACAGCAACAUUGAGAAUCAAGAGAUUGUCACCAAUCCGCCAGACAUUUGCCAAGUUGUAGAGGUGACCACUGAGAGCGACGAGCAGCCAGUCAGCAUGAGCGAGCUCUACCCUCUGCAGAUCUCCCCCGUGUCUUCCUAUGCAGAAAGCGAAACGACUGAUAGUGUGCCCAGCGAUGAAGAGAGUGCCGAGGGGCGGCCACACUGGCGGAAGAGGAAUAUUGAAGGCAAACAGUACCUCAGCAACAUGGGGACUCGAGGCUCCUACCUGCUGCCCGGCAUGGCGUCCUUCGUCACUUCCAACAAACCGGACCUCCAGGUCACCAUCAAAGAGGAGAGCAAUCCGGUGCCUUACAACAGCUCCUGGCCCCCUUUUCAAGACCUCCCCCUUUCUUCCUCCAUGACCCCAGCAUCCAGCAGCAGUCGGCCAGACCGGGAGACCCGGGCCAGCGUCAUCAAGAAAACAUCGGAUAUCACCCAGGCCCGCGUCAAGAGCUGUUAAGCCUCUGACUCUCCCCGGUGGUUGUUGGGGCUUCUUGGCUUUGUUUUGUUGUUUGUUUGUAUUUUAUUUUUUUCUCUCUGACACCUAUUUUAGACAAAUCUAAGGGAAAAAGCCUUGACAAUAGAACAUUGAUUGCUGUGUCCAACUCCAGUACUGGAGCUUCUCUUUAACUCAGGACUCCAGCCCAUUGGUAGACGUGUGUUUCUAGAGCCUGCUGGAUCUCCCAGGGCUACUCGCUCAAGUUCAAGGACCAACAAGGGCAGUGGAGGUGCUGCAUUGCCUGCGGUCAAGGCCAGCAAGGUGGAGUGGAUGCCUCAGAACGGACGAGAUAAUGUGAACUAGCUGGAAUUUUUUAUUCUUGUGAAUAUGUACAUAGGCAGCACUAGCGACAUUGCAGUCUGCUUCUGCACCUUAUCUUAAAGCACUUACAGAUAGGCCUUCUUGUGAUCUUGCUCUAUCUCACAGCACACUCAGCACCCCCUUCUCUGCCCAUUCCCCAGCCUCUCUUCCUAUCCCAUCCCAUCCCAUCCCAUCCCAUCCCAUCCCAUCCCAUCCCAUCCCAUCCCAUCCCAUCCCAUCCCAUCCCGCUCUUUUCCUACUUUUCCUUCCCUCAAAGCUUCCAUUCCACAUCCGGAGGAGAAGAAGGAAAUGAAUUUCUCUACAGAUGUCCCAUUUUCAGACUGCUUUAAAAAAAAUCCUUCUAAUCUGCUAUGCUUGAAUGCCACGCGGUACAAAGGAAAAAGUAUCAUGGAAAUAUUAUGCAAAUUCCCAGAUUUGAAGACAAAAAUACUCUAAUUCUAACCAGAGCAAGCUUUUUUAUUUUUUAUACAGGGGAAUAUUUUAUUCAAGGUAAAAUUCUAAAUAAAAUAUAAUUGUUUUUUAUCUUUUCUACAGCAAAUUUAUAAUUUUAAGAUUCCUUUUCUUGUUUAUCAGCAGUUGUUAUUACAUCCUUGUGGCACAUUUUUUUUUUAAUUUUGUAAAGGUGAAAAAAGCUUUUAUGAGCUCAUGUAGCAAUCAGAUUAUCCUGUGGAUUGAUAAUAAAUGAAUAAGAUAUAUAGUUAAA